UAUUUCACUCAAUUACACACUUCAAAAUGAAUGCUCAGCUGAGAAUGUCCGACGGUUUCAGUCCAUUACAAAAAUAACGUACAAAAGAGGCUCGAUCGAAGUAUCGAUCGUUGGAUGCGCAGCAUACUUCACUCCGAUCGUUCUUUUCAUCAGGUUUUAAAUUUCGUCGACUAACAUGAUGUGGAGUCUCUUUGAAGUCUUCACAGCCCAAAAUUAUUCAGACUUUUCCAUCAGAUCAUAGAAAAUAGGAAGAAAAUUCAUGAAAAAUUGAAACGGAAUGGAAGCAAGGAGAAAAAUACGGGAUUGAUGUCCACGAAGGGGAACAACGAGAAAGAGCGAUUGGACGAAAAAUCCAAUUCUCUGGGAAACAAAACAGAAUUUCCGGAGAGCCUCGAAAAAACCUUGGACUCGAGAGACGGAAAGAAUUUGGCGGCGAGUGCCUCUUCAAAGUCUCUAAGUUUCACGGGGAAGAAAAAAGUGCCGGCGACAUACCGGAAGUCCUUGGAAGAGGCUCGUUCAACGACAACGGAGACGGAAGACUCGUGUACUCCUGGCGACGACGAAUCUGAUGGUGAAGUGACCGGAAGCUCGCCCGUGGAUCAAAAACGAAAUAGGAGUUUGACGAAACUCGAAAAAGAUGGAGACUCGCGGUUUUCUUCCACGGGCGACAUCUGCAGAAUUUGUCAUAUGGGUGGAUUCCCAGCUUUGCCCGGAUCGCAUCCAAUCUGGGAAUGGCCAAACCGCGGCCCAAGAAGAAUCGACAGUCAGAUAUCGACUCUUUCGUCCUACGCUUACCUGGGGCCUCUGAUAUCAGCUUGCAAGUGUAGAGGUACCGUCGGUCUCGUUCAUACCGAAUGCCUCGAAAGAUGGCUCACCGAGUCCGGACAUACGAGAUGCGAACUGUGCGGUCAUCGAUAUCCCACCAAAAGAGUGCCUCGUCAUGGAAUCCUCCGUAGCGUCAUAAUUUGGUUCAACACUGUCAUCGCGACGCGACAAAUGCUUUUGGACGUUUUAUACCUUCUUGUGACGACCCCGCUCGCUUUAUUCUCAUGCUACGUGUGUGCCCUUGCUCUGAAGAUGAUCAUUGAGAGCGGAUUUCAGGAGAUCCCUUGGAUGAUCGUCGCGAUGCUGCCAACUUGUUCGCUCACCCUUGUUGCCUAUUGGGGAUGGCUUAUCACUCUGGGAAGGUACAUCAGCAGACUUCACGGGAGACGUUGGCGGAGAUUCUGGCGAAACAAUUUCGUCGUUAGAUUAAUACCGGAGUCGUCGAGAUAUUCUCUCGAGGCUGAAACGAGCGUGGACGAUUCGGCCCAAGAACGAAUGGAAUAUCGUUUGGCCAGACGAAUGGAUUACGACGAGAAUGAUUUCCUCUUCGAUUAUUUUCCGGACGACGAGAACGAGGCGUAUAGUUGACAAUUUUUUGCAGCCUUGAAGCUCGGAGACACAAGUUUGUUAGACAAGUUCGAAUUCGAGAAUAAUAAAGAUUAUCGGACCGUUACUCCGGUGCGAAA